ACAUUAUACGUGUUUCAUGUUUCCUUCCUUACUUUUACAACUGACCUACUUUCGUGACUAAUAUAAUCCCAACCAUUUCCCAUUCAAACUACUUGGUUUCUUGGUUCGUAUUUUCUCAAUCAAAUCUGAAGCCAUGGAUACUUCAAAGGGUAGUGAAAGAAUAAACGAUGAAGGGGAUGUGGAGAUUAAGGUAGAAACUGUGGACCACCGGUCGCCGGCGGGCGAAAAGAGUGAACCCAAGGAUGAGAAGGUGGAGAUAACUCAUGUAUUUCCGUCAGAUGACAAGCCCGGAACUCAUAAAGUUGUCGGUGAAGCUGUUGGCAAGGUGGUCGAAAAUGUCCAGUCGGCAAAGGAAGCAAUGUCUAAGACCCAAAAAACUGAGUAAUAUACGAGAAAAAUUUCACACUCAGCCAUGAAAAUCUCAAAUUUUUAUGGUUAAAGUGAAAUUUCCAUGUACAGAAGUUUUCAUCCUGAGAAAUUGUCCUUUUGGUAUUAUUAUAUAAUUUUUGUCUUUUGUUUUUGUUUGUGUGAACUUUGAUACCAUCUUGUGGUUUUAGCUAAUCUAGAUUGAUGAUGUUCAUCAUCUUUUAAUAAAUAUUUAAAACCUGUACUGUUUAUUUGUUUUACAAAUUGCAGAGUAUUUUGUUUUU